ACACACACACACAUAAUCUUUUACUAUUCAUUCAGGGGGGCAUGAAUGUGCAGAAACAGGACUGACUGGUUUCACGCGCUCCUUCGCUUUGGGAGCGAGCCUCUCUCUCUCUCUCUCUUCAUUAUCAUCCACCACAACAGCCGCCUGCACACACUAUAGCGAGGGCGGGAGGGAGGAGGCAGCCCUCGCACCCUCAGGAGCAGCAGCGGGCACUGAGGGCAAAGCCUGAGAGAGGCCGCCGGCGGGACCUGGAGCGAGGCAAGCGCAGCCGCAGCCGCUGCUCCCAAGCCACGCAAAGAGCCGCGGGGUAAGGAGAAGGUGUUGCGGUCUGGGUCGAGGGGUGAAGCGGCCGGCGUGGCCCCCGAAGCGCGUCUGGCGAGGAGGACGAGGAGGGGGGAAGGGGCUGGGGCGGCGGGGGACGCUGCUACUGCCGCCCAGGGUUAAAAGGGCGCCCCCGAGAUGGACUCCGCUUUCGCUCCGGCGGCGCUGGCGCUCUCUCUCCCAGCGCAGGGAUGGCUCUUCAGGCGCUGCCUUGGACAGGGGGGAAGGAGAUGGAGGAGGAGGAGGAGGAGGAGGCAGCUGAGGCGGGGAAGGCUGUGUGUGAGAGAAAGGGGGAGAGGGAGAGACCCUCCAAGCAGCUUGAGGAAGAGGAAUAAGCUGAGGCUCAAAAGUGACCGCCUGAAGGAGGGACAUGACGCAGCGGCUGUGGCUCUGGCGCCCUUUUCCUGAGGGGAAGGUGGGGCGGCCGGUGGGGGGCGGAGGCAGAUACUGAGGUGACCGGCGUGUGUUUGUGUGGGGUCUCCACCUUGGGAGGCGAGCUGCCUCUUCCCUGCAGCCAGCGCCGUGGCGACCUCUUCCCCAGCUUCUGUCCGGGGGGUGAGGGCGGGGAGAAAGGGGUGAUGAUGGUGGUGGUGGUGGAGGCGGCGGGAGCUGGCAACCUCUCGUCUUUUGAGGAAGGGUGAAAGUAGCGGGAAACCAGCCGCUCUCCUCCUCCUCCUCUGCCCUCGCCGCUCCCGCCCUCUCUCCCUCCUUCGCCAGAGCGCGCGCGCGCGCCGUGCCAAGCUCUCCAUUAGGGAGAAGCUCCCGACUCUUUCCGCGGGGUUAUAAAUAACCGGGCCACUUGAGUUGUAAUGACAAGGCGCCCCUUCGCCAGCCCUCCCUUGAAGCAUCCUCCUCCUGAUGGCUCUUUAUGCUCCAGGGCGGAUACAAUGAGCAGGAUCCCUUGGGGGGGGGGGUGGAGAGAGAGCUGCCGAGGAGUUGCUCCCCUCAGGCUCUCUGUGACUGGCUGGCAGAACCUCUCAUGGCUAGAGGGGUAGGGGUGUGUGUGUGUGUGUGUGUGUGUGUGUGUGUGUGUGUCUGUGUGCAGUGAUUAAGAUACACGUGUAUCUCGCCUCCCCGAUGCACGUGUGAACACACAGCAAUACCACAAACUGAAUUCCUCCAGCAGGGAUGUAUGGAGGCGAACCCAUUUUAUGUGCUGGGUAAAACUCUUGGGGAGGAGGGGUGUCCACAGCCUUCAAUGGGGUUUGGGGGGUGGGUAACAGUCGUGGCCAGGUGUGGGGAAUGGUGGUCUGGUACAAAUCUGCAGCUGGAAUGCGCCGUUUGUGCAGGAAACCCAUAGGGGGAAGAAUAGCUGGCCAAUGCAAACGCGCCAAGGGGCUGGAUGUUUGCAUUCAGAGGCGGAUUUCUGAAGCAGACGACGGAAAAACAAGCAAGGCAGCGUACCGGAGGCGAAAGGCGCUGAGCUCAUUUGGUCCACUUGCAAAAAUGUGGACUGUAUCAGCUGCCCGAUCCCUUCCCCGUUUUCCCCUCCUCUAAUGCAAGGAGCUCCAAUACUGUGCCGUGUAAAUAAAUUCGGAGCGGAAGAAAACUCGGAAGCAUCACUUUUCUUAAUUCAUCCCAUGCGCAGCUAUGCAAGGGUUAUGGGUGUUUACCUGGUUUUUUACUUGAGCCCCCCUCCCCUGUCCACCUUUCGUCCUCGCCAAUUUGAGGAGGUGUUUAUCAGCAAUAUUUUGCUGCAGUGCUUCAGCGCAGGAAGAUAAACGAUCCCCAUUUUCCCCGGUUGCCACAAUGACUCAAUCAUUAAAAUAAUUCCCAACUUGGAGCUGAAAACGGCAACUUAAGCAAAGCCCCUGAGGUGGGGAGUUGGAGGGUGGGGAAUACAGAAGUGGGAACAUUAAAAAGUCACUUCAGCAGCUCCUAUUUUCAUUUGCAGUGCCUACUUUGAACUAGGAAGGGUUAGUGAGCUGCUGCAGACUUUUGCAAAGACUGGAUUCAAUUUUGGAAGCCUGUUGCCAAUAUUUGUGAGUCAUUUCCUUGGAAUCCUACCUUUGGUGUUUAUUUCCCUUAGAAGGAUUCUUGUAAAAGUAUAAUAAUAGCUCUUAAACUUCAUGGAAAGUAGCACAGGCUACAGUGAAGACAACUUGCUUUUUGCUUCAAAACACUUAUUUUGGUUUUGUUUGCAUUAUUCAGUGGACAGAAGAGAAGGCGGCAAUGUAAUUAACCCAUAAAACAUCUAAUUUAUUGUACCAGUGACAUUUGUGUACUGCUGCAUUAGGGUUCAGAGUCAGUUGGAAAGGCAACCUUAAUUGGUAGUUCUUUUUAAAAGAAUAAUUAAAGAAUCAAGAGAACCAUCUUGUGAUUUUAGAGGUCUUUGUUAAGAGGAGUGGUUUGCUUUGUCAACCCACUCAGAGUUCCUUGACCCAAUUUCUUUAAGUUUUAUACCAUUCCAGCACAAUAACAAUACGUAUUAAUUACAGCGAUGUGAAAACUUAAGAUGCACUAUAUAACGGCUAGAACUUUUCUCCCACUUGAUAUGCAGUUGUUUUGCAGGUUAGGUUAUCUUAGGACUGUUUCCCACAUAAAUGUUCUGUGUUUUUAUAGACUUCAAGCACAUUGCUAGAAAUACCUCCACGUGAAAAUGUUACAUGAAGAUUAGUCAUCCAUGCAACUUUGGGUCCAUGAAGUGUAGAAGCAGGGGGAAUCUAGGAUUAUCUGGUCACAAAUUAAUCCAAGAACAUGUAAGUGGUAAACAGAAUGCUUUUAAAAAUCUGAACUCAAAAGAGCAUACUGAACCUAAAAAAUAUCAGCAUUGCCAUUAGUAUGGCUGUUAAAGUGAGGCAGUCAGCACUUGAGGCUUUGUUAACAGUCUUAGAGAUCUAUAAGCAACUUACUGUUCUCAAAGUACUGACAGGCUCUUGGCUAAUAUCUCACCAUACCAUAAACCAAAUGGAGCCCAGCUUCCUAGAUACAAUGCAUUUGCAAAAAUCUUCAUAAUGUAAAUUAAUUCAUGUUCCAAACUAUCAUAAAGAGGUGACUUUUCUAUUCCACCUUCAGCAAGGAAGUAAAUACUAGAUACCAAUGUUGUAUUGAAAAACUAGAGUGAUUUAUAAAGAGCAAUCUUCUUAAUGCUUGCCCUGUCUCUCUUUCCUGAUGUAAAACACACACACACACACCCCAAAUCUAUUUCUUAUGAUUAUUGAUGUUAUAUCUUUUCCUAAUGGUAGUUUGUAAGAAAACUGAAUGGGAGUGAUGCCAAUUAGUUCAGCCCAUUGCUUAAUUAUCACUUAAUUAACCCCCCCAACAUUUUAAAAAGAAAGUGCAGGAAAUCAAGCUAUUUAAAACAGCUGUUUCUAGGGAUCCCAGAAGAGUAGUAAUGAGAUCCUGAGGCCAUACUUUGGAAUACUAGAAACACAAAAUGCAGGUUCUUUUAAAAAAGAAAAAAAGAAAACAAAAAAACACCCCAGAAUGAUUUGUUUUCUCAGUGAAACAAAAUGAUAGCCUCAAGAAAAUAGUUUCAAGGCAUCUAUGGUAUAAGAUGAAAAAAGUAGUAGUGUAUGUUUCACAUGUGUGACCCCUCAGAUCCAGUUCCUUUGAUGUCCAGAAAAAAAUAUGUAAGGGCUUGUAUUUGAACCUGGAGAACACUGAAGGUAAAAGCAACAUUGGCUGGAUUCAUAAUGCAGUUCCAUAUAUGGGGUGAGGUGGGGGGUAGGGGAUCUGAGAUAUGCAUAUAUUCAAAAUAGAACAUUAUUUAGCCAGAAAUGUGUUUUUGGUUGUUGUUGUUGUUUUUUUUGGGGGGAAGCAUAGCUGCUUUAUCUGAAUGAAUGCUAGCACAGUACUUGUAAAUUUAAAAUAUUAAGUAACAUAAUUUCAUAAAUAGCGAAAGAUGGUGUUAAACACUUCUCUUCCAGAGAGGUUUAUAUGCUCAUACAGCUCACUCACUGGCUUCAUAUUUUUUCUUGCACUAAAACCAUCAACGGAACCAGUGAAUCGUUUGUAUUUCUUUUUUUGGGGUGGGGGAAAUGAACAGCCGGGGGGGGCGGGGAACGAAGACAAUGACACACUGGACUUCUUUAGAAGAUCAGUAGUAUAUUUUCUACUUCUUCUCCAGGAUAUUGAAGCAUGAAGUUGUUGGCAACUAGAUUGGUGAUUCAAUGUUCUAACUAGAUUUUAACCCUCAUGCUGGUUUUGGAACAUAAUACAAGUGUAAUCCAGUCGUUAUCUACAUUUCCAGAGUAGUACUUAACAGGAAUGAAUUGAGUAAUAAUUAUGUUGCCAGUCAGAUCAGCACUGACAUGGGAGAACUAAAGAACCUGUGUAACUUAUCUUUCACAUAUGUCUACAUUUGCCUUGCUUUCUUUCGUCUUUCACUUUACCAUUUCCUCCAUCUCUUUGUUCUUUUAUCACCUCCUAUUGGGCCAUCUGCCUUUAAACUAACUAAAGGGUGAGCUUGCUCUUCUUCAGGCUGGCCUAGACAAUGAAGUCACCUCUCACUUUUUAAAACUUGGGCUAGUGCAUAAUAAUACUGUACCUAGAGCUUUUAAUUUUCCACCUUUCUCAUAUGAAACACAUUUCUGUUGCAAAAUGCACUUGGAGGGGCAACCUGCAUUUUUUAAUUAUUGUUUUAUAACUACUGUAAACACAAGGAUUUGACAAACAUUUCAUAUCCACUAUUUCCCUCCCUUACCAUGCUUUUGUUACUGCCACUCGACAACCAUGGGGCUGUUCUAAUGUGUCAUUGGCUUAAUGUUUCUUGUGGGUGACACUCUAGACAUGGUGUUCUCAACUGGUUAGGAAGACUGGUGAUCUGAAAAUGGAAGAUGUAAUUGUCAGUUCACUUCCUGCUGACCAUUCUCUUAUACAUGGAUAGACCUAUUAGGAGGGUCUGCCCCCAGAGAUUGAUGGAUUCAGAUCAAUUGCUUAAAACCACCAGGGAGUUCCCAGUUAGCAUGGCUGGUACUGUCAAAGCCUAACUCUCUCUGUGGGAUAUGGAGGUGACCCUGGCAAUUGGCACAAUCUUUCCUAAGCAAUCUUUCUUGUCAAACAGAGCCUGUUCAUCUUCCUGAUUUAUUCAUCCCAAUUUAUUAUUUAUUACAAAGCAGUUUGGGGUGGGGGGUGGCUCGAAUGCCAGUGACAGAAAAUUUGAACUGGAGUCUGACCAAACACAGGUAAGAGCUCAUUUUGAAGCUUGUUCUGUUGUGAUGAUAAAAGCCAAGAAGCAACACCUUUCAGCCUCCAUUGCAGUGCCAUCCAGUUGAGUUUUCCAAGUGGUUCAGGGCUUUUUCCACUUUGUAUUGCAAAGUGAUGUAAGUGGUCCCUCUGUGACUUCAAAGGUAAAAGUUGCUCAUGUUCAUCUUGACUUGGAUGCUACUUUCCUGUAAUCCAUCCUAUGGACAUCUCCAGUACAGUGUAUAGUCCUGAUUUGUUGGAUGAAUUUAUUGUUUAGGCCUGAAGAUGGGGGGGGGGGGAGGUACUUGGCCAAUCACUUGUGUUCUCAACCUUUCCCUUACUGACUAGGUAAAAAAAGGUAAAGGACCCCUGGACGAUUAAGUCCAGUCAAAGGAGACUAUGGGGUUGCGGCACUCAUCUUGCUUUCAGGCCGGGUCAUGUGGCCAGAAUGACUAAACUGCUUUCGGGUCAAUGGAACACUGUGACAGAAGCCAGAGCACACAGAAAUGCCGUUUACCUUCCCACCGCAGUGGUACCUAUUUAUCUACUUGCACUGGCGUGCUUUUGAACUGCUAGGUUGGCAGGAGCUGCGACAGAGCAACAGGAGCUCACUCUGUUCUGGGGAUUCAAACCGCUGACCUUCUGAUCGGAAAGCCCAAGAGGCUCAGUGGUUUAGACCACAGCUAACUAACAUGUAGCAGGAGAGAUCACUGGCUAAGUCUAGGAGGUAAUUAAUGACUUGUGUCUCCUUGAAAGAGGGGGUUACCUGGCUACCUUGAAGUGAUUAGUGAUGAGACCACUUCUAAAUACCCCUACUUUGGACCUCAAGGAUUUGAGUGACUUUUGGCUGUUAGCAAAUCUUCUUUUCUCAGGCAAUGUGCUUGAGUUGCCAUACAAUCCAGGCACUCAGAUGAGACUGAUUAUCUGGAUCCAUUUCAGUCUGGCUUUGGGCCCACAUUCUUCAUCAAAACAGCCUUGGUCUCUCUGGUGGCUAAUCUAUGCCAGGAGUACAGGCAAAGUUUGAUCUUGCUAAUUCUCCUGAAUAGGCUUCUGGACUGUGUCUGGGAAGAGGAUUUGGGGCACAGAACUUCAGUGGUUCUGAUUACCCCUCCUCACAUUGGCUUCUUCUGACAAUGAACCAUGCAUUGACCCCACGUUCUUCAUCCUAUCUCCAAAGAUAUAAAUGGCAGAUUUAAAAAACAAAACAAAAACUGAGAUCCUCAGAAGGUGUGGUUCUGAAAUCACUGCAAAAUUCUACAUUCAUGUUGAAUCGCAUAAUACAUUGGAUGUGAGAUCAAGUAAAACCCUUGCCUGAAAGCAGUUUCCUGCAAUGAAUAGCCAAACUGAUCAUGUCUUUUUAUUAUUCAUAGUGGAUGCCACACCAUGCCUGAAGUGCCUGAAUUCAGGAGGAAAUAUAAUAAUACCAGGGUUCUCAGAUUUCAUACAGAUUGUAAAUAGUUACAUCAGACACAGCUUCUUCCGUUGUGAUAGUACAGUGGUGCACAAGUAGAAAUGGCAACCCAGGAAAGUGAGCUCAAGUACCUGCUAAAAGGAAAUCAAGGUACCAAGAACAAACUAACAUGAAAGAUAUAAGCAUCCCUGGACUCUUGUGACACUUUAAAGACUAACAGAUUUAUUAUGGCAAAUGCCCGGUAUACACUUUUUGGAUAAAAGCCAACUUUACCACAUGCAAGGUAAAAGUAAGGUACCCUUGACCGUUAGGUCCAGUCACGGACGACUCUGGGGUUGUGGCGCUCAUCUUGCUUUACUGGCCGAGGGAGCCAGCGUACAGCUUCUGGGUCAUGUGGCCAGCAUGACUAAGCUGCUGCUGGCGAACCAGAGCAGCGCAUGGAAAUGCCAUUUACCUUCCCACUGGAGCAGUACCUAUUUAUCUACUUGCACUUCAUGCUUUCAAACUGCUAGGUUGGCAGAAGCAGGGACCGAGCAACAGGAGCUCACCCUGUCGCGAGGAUUCAAACCGCUGACCUUCUGACUGGCAAGCCCUAGGCUCUGUGGUUUAACCCACAGCGGUAUGCCAUAAUAAAUUCUGCUAGUCUUCAGGGUGCUAGAGUGUGUAAGCGUGUGUCUGGUGGACUGGGUGAUGCAAGACAAUUGUCUCCUUUCCUUUAUGCCUAAAAUAGAAGGCUGAAGCACCUACUAGUAACUAGCUUCAGUUUGUAUCCAUUCAGUACAGGCCCUGUGUCAAUUUAAGUGGCAGUCUGGAGUGCCCCCAUGUAGAUGGACAAAGGCACAUAGAUAGAUACACUUUCCCAUUGCUGCAGAAUGUACCGUUUUGUGCAGCAUCACAGUUUUGUACCUUAUAGUGCUCCUCAUUAGUCAUGGUGUGUACUGUAAACAUGCAAAAAAUGAGAGGUCACAUCCACACCACAUGCUUAACGCAAUUGGCAUCUCUCAAAGAAUACAGGGAACUGUAGUUAAGAAUGCUUGGAAUUAUAGCUCUGUGGGGAAUAAACUACUGUUCCCAGCAUUCUCUUAGGGAAGCCAUGUGUUUUAAAUAUAUAGUGUGGAUGUGAUACCCACCCCCCCAACUCUAAAUGAAUUGAGAAGACCCUCCCUGCUUAAAAAACAACAACACCCACUGGUGCUCUUGACAUAUCCAUAGUAAUACAUAGUUUUCAGAAUUCAGCACAAUUAUCUUUGAUUAUUCAGUGACUAAUCCCACAAACCCACAUUUCUAAUUAUCCAGACAUUGUGGAUCGUUUCCAGGCCACUUGGAUGAGUAAGGUUAUAAUCCAUCCUCAGUGUUAGAAACUGAGAUAUUCAAGCCAGGAGCUGAAUGGCACCUUAAACCUAGGUUACAGAUGCAACAAUGGAAUGUCUAGGCGUGCUUUUUUAAAUAACAAGAAUACAAAGCUGAAAAUGAAUGAACUGCAGCUAAAAUAUUAUGUACAUUUUUCACAUGGUCCAGUCCGUCCCCUGCCCACCCCCCUAAUAUUCUUAAGAGAGUCUCUUCUCCAGUCUUCAGAGAGUAGCUGGAAGUGGAGAGGCAGAAAAAGGUCCUCCUUUCCUUCCACUCUUCAAUUUUAUUCUGAAAUCUUAGGCACAGUACUGUGCCCAGAACUCAGAAACUGCUCACGCUAAUGAAACUCCCUGUCGCAAAAUGCGCCUAGAACAAUGGGAGUUUUGAAUGCUGUCCAUCUCUGCCUUUCUCUCACCAGCUUCUUAUUUUGUGAAGACACUAUCUCACAUGGUACCCAACUGUAUGUCACCUAAUAAAAUGAUGCAUCACCAUUAUGUUUUGUUGAUCAUAGUUUAAUGCAUUUGAGUCUGCAGCUGGCUUUAGGGUCCUGGUGGGCUGGGAGGAAGAUUAUAAAUUUAAAAUAAAAUAAAUUAAUGGCUAGAACUGUCAAACUGUUACAAAUAAAUAUUCUUCCAUCCAGCUAUGUAAAUCUCAUUGCAUUUUCUUAUAAGCACAGGUAAGCAUAAUGGCUUCAUACAACUAAGAAAUCAAAGAGUUUCAGAAUUAGCAAUACCACAUGCUGUUUCCACAGAAUAUAGAGUAACUAAUGAGGCCCUGCCAAUACCAAGCAUUGCUUCCACCUUUACUUUUUGGCCUUUAGGGAUUUUAGUCAGAUUUGCAGCAUUAUUGUAACAAGCAUUUUAAAUUUAACUUCUGUUUUAGUGGCAUUCUGGAAAUGCAUAAAGACCCUUUUUCAUUGACAUUGUGAAUGGCAUCAUUACAGUUCUCUCAUUAGCAUCAUAAUGACUCCAAAGGAAUAGUGAGUGAAAAUGGAGUAGUUGCUGAAGGAAUAGUGAGCAAAUGGAACAGUAUAGCACUGCAUAGUAGCCUCUUACAGAGCAGAGCUGCAUAAAUGCAAGAGGAGUCUGACAUUUUAACCUUCAGGCUGCUUUGGAUGCCUCAGGGUGUUCUCUUAAUGCAUGCAUUCGGCUGGCAACAGGGAAAAUCUGUGGUAGCCUAAGGAUUAAGAGCUGGAUUUAAUAACAAAUAAAAAAAUAAAAAUGGUCUGGUUUCCAUACCACACAAAGCUUUGCAAACAGAUUUUGAAGCCUGGAUCUAGCCACAAAUCAAGGCUUUAUGUUACACUUCUUUGCAGAAAAUAUGUAGUGCACUGACUUCCCACCCCUUCAUUACAAAUAAGGAUAGCGGUGCAUUACCAGUAAAUAACUAAAUGUCAAGAACUAUGGAGCUGAUGUCUUAUAACAACUUUCUAUAUGACACACUAAUGGAAAUCUUUAGGAGCAAUAAGUAGCUUCCAUCAUUCUCUUUCUUUGUCACAUGCCUAAAAGCCUAAAAUUUAAUCCCAUGCUGCAUCCCAACAAGAGACAGAAUGUUGGUCACUGAUUGGCAGAUGAAGGGAUUGGCUUAGUCUUCAAAGGUGUCUGCUGAAUUCUACAGAACAAAGUAUGUGGACUGUGAUUGUCCCUAGGCAUGGCUAAGAGGAAAAAGCUGCACCCCAGUUGCCCAACAGUAUCUUUCAAUGCACCCCUUUACUUUCUCAGUAUACAGGUGCUGUGUUCAAAUACACUUAAUCAUAAUAAUAGAUGUUUUGGCAGUAUAUAAUAAUUACUGUGAAUCUUAUGGCUGAAAAACAUCUCUAUAGCUUAGUUGGUAGAGCGUGAGACUCUUAAUUUGAGGGUCGUGGGUUUGAGCCUCAAGUUGAGCAGAAAUAUUCCUGCAUUGCAGGGGUUGGUCUACAUGACCCCCAUGAUACCUUCCAACUCUAUGAUUCUAUAAUCUGGUCAAUUUCUUAGUUUAGAUUCUGCUUCCUGGAAAUACCUGGUGGACCAUUGUGGCAACCUAGUCCUGGACCAAGUAAGCUCUUCAUCUGAUCCAGAAGGGUUCCGUGUGGGGUUUAACAAAUUAUGACACUUUACUACAAUUAUUUCAUAAAUAUAGAAUUUGAUCCACCAGGCACAGUCUUGAGAAGACUUAUUUGCAAUAAUGUAUUAAAUGUGUUGCAAUAUGGUGGUUCAGGUUGCCUUCUGAUUCCAUGACACCUUGGUAACUUGAAUGGCGCAAGCAGUGACUUGCGCUUCCAAAAUUGCAAUGUAUUUGCAAAUGGGACUGGGCCUUCAAGCUCUGCCAUGUUUCCUGGGCAAAACCCCUUGCAGGCUUAUUUUUAGGUAAGUUUGACAUAAGGAUCUAAGAUCAGGUUCUGCUCACUGGUUUGGCACGCCAGCACUUGUUGCUGAAAAGCUUUUCGGAAUAGCUGAUCUAUGGACAGUCUCUGGGACCUCUCCCUUUCUGGCACUAGCCAAACAAAGCAAGAGAAUUUGUGCAGUGCAACUGAAGUAUGUUAAGUUGGGGGUUUUGCUAAUCAGCCAUGCAAGGAGCUGCUGCUGUUUCACUGCUCAGAAGACAGGUUAGAAAAACGUGUGGAGUUACCCUGGGAAUCUAGUGCUCAAUCUUUUGCAUUUGUUUAUGCAGCAGCCUUUAGCAGUGGGCAAUUAAAAUAAUAUUUUCUGGUGGUUUUUGUGUGUGAAAUCAGUAGUGGUUGUAGACUCCUGGAAAUAAGAAUUGGUUUCUUGGAUGCACAACAUUCUGUACCCUUAAUUGGGAGGAAGUCCCAGUGAAAUGAAAAGGCCUUGCUUGCUUAUGAGUGAGCAUGCAUUGAUUGCGAUGUGAAUUUUCUACCUAGUAGAAAUUUAAGUAGUUCAUGCUGGCUUCUAAAAACUCUUCCUUAGGAACAACAUGGCACUCUGUGUAAGUUAGUAUGAUAAAGUGGGACAGUGUGCACAACAGCAAAUUGAUAUGUGACAACAAUCUGCAGACUGCAAAAAAAUCACAACGAAGAUAAAUGUAACGAAUUGAGCAAAGUUUGGCACUGAAGAUUUCUCAGUGUUUACUUAGCAAAGAACUAAAAAGCCGGAAGCAUUGGAGCAGCAGAGGUGUUCUAACAUGUAUAGAUUCUGAAACUCUCCACUGUUUUGGAUUAAUCUAUGUGUGCAAAAAGCUACUGUAUGCAAAAAGUUAUUGUAACACCCACCCCCGGUAUUUCUGAAUACCACCUUUUGCAAUCUUCCAUAAUAUUUCUCUUUCACCUCCUCACUAAGGCUGCAGUACCAUGCACAUUUACUGGGAAGAAGUCCCAUUGAAUUCAGUAGGAGUGUGCCAAGUUACAGAAGCAAUCAAACAAUUUAGAGGAAUGGAAUCUCAGUGUGUUGCCUACAAAAUGUGUGUGCUUGAGAGGUAAAAAAGGACCCCUGGAUGGUUAAGUCCAGUCAAAUUCAACUAUGGAAUGUAGCGCUCACCUCUACUUUCAGGCCAAGGGACAGCUUUUCUGGGUCAUGUGGCCAGCAUGACUGAACCGCUUCUGGUGCACGGAGCACCGUGAUGAGUGCCAGAGCACAUGGAAACACAAUUUACCUUCCCGCUGCAGCGGUACCUAUUUAUCCACUUGUGCUGGUAUGCUUUCAAACUGCUAGGUUGGCAGCCCGUCACUUGGAUUUGAACUGCUGACCUUACGAUCAGCAAGCCCAAGAGCCUCAGUGGUUUAGACCACAGCGCCAUUCAUGGCCUUUGUGCUAGAGAGCUGUAAUGCAAGGCAUAAGAUCUUUAUUAGGCCUGAUGCAGCAAGAGCAACGCAUGUAUGAAGUAAAAUAGGUCUCUAUGCAUUUAUCCAUCUGGACUCCACUCUUCUUUAUGAUGUUCACUAUAGCUCAGUCGGUAGAGCAUGAGACUCUUAAUCUCGGGGUUGUGAGUUCAAGCCUCACAUUGGGUGAAAGAUUCCUGCAUUGCCAUGGGGUUGGACUAAAUGAUCCUCAUGGUCCCUUCCAACUCUACAAUUCUGCGAUUCUGUGGUUUGUGUUUGAAAAGCUAUACUGCUUUUAUAUUGUCAGUGUCAGCUUUGAAGACUGACCAUCAUGAAAAACCUUUGCAUUCAACAGCAGUGUUUUAGAGAGUGUGUGUGGAUCUAGCCACUUCACAGAUGGGGUCACAUAGCAAUAAUUGGUUCAGUGAGGGAGAUACAGCAGCUUCAAAUGUGGUUGCCUCUGUUUUCACUAUUAAUGAAUUGGCUCCCUUGUAUGACUUUAUUUAAAAUUUACGUAAGACAAAUAGUAAACCCCCCAAAAUGUGGAUCUCUCUUGCAGGAAAUUUAGUGAUACUUAAGUUCUAUUGAAAUCAGUGUGGAUCAAGUUAGUGGUGAGUAGCUUAAGCCCCAUCAAUUUCAAAGGGGCUUAACUGUGACUAAUUUGCUGGGGGUAGUUAGAGUGAGGAUGGACUUCCCUAAGAAAGAAAGGAAUAUAUUUCAGACGCAUAGCUUCCAAAUGCAGAGUUAUGCAACAGAAUCCAUGGAUAAAUGACAAUUUUGCAGUCUGCUAGACAACAGAAUAGGUUAAGGAGCCCCGCUGCUAAAUCCGGAGCACUUAAGUAGCCUUUCCACAUUUUUCAUCCAGAAGCCGGUGGAAAUAUUGCAAGGCUUGAUCUGUUAACCAUUUGUAUCUGGGAAUUUCAAAAAGGUGGUCCUUCGCUUUUGGCCCCAGCGCUAUGUGCAACUGCAAUUCCUCCUCUCACUCAGUUGAAACAGCAAGGGGCUUCUCCAACCAGUCUCGAAUAUUUUUUGUUUCUUAUUGUUCUAAGUCUUGACCUCCUGCUUCAUCAAUCUUGUCCAGACAGACUUUAAUUUGUAACAUGCUGCUGGCUAUCCAUUCCCUUUCCAACUUCUGCCUCUCCCACCCACCCCCCCCCGAAUUUGGAGGACCCUGUUGUCUUCCUGCAGCGGUCCUGACUUGAGAAAUAUAUGGAAAGAAAACAAAAAUUCUUGUUUCUAGGAGAGCGCCGGGGAAGAUGGGGGAGGCGCCUGGCUUUUGUGCCAAAGAGUAGGUGAAUUAGUGUAGAAAGUGCAUUGUGAUGCGGUUUGCCUGCCUCUUUCAGAAAGUUCUCUUCCCCUCUUUCGCUCUCUCGCUGCUUUGGGACUGGAUGGAGAGCUCACACAGCCUGGCUCCGGCCCCGGAGUCCCUGCUCCUGUUUAAUAUUCUACUUGCUCCACUGAUGUUGUGCUUGGCUCCUGUGGGACUGCAACUCACGGCUUGAAACCGGAGCCAAUUUUCUGUCUUAAUCUCCGUGUUUUGACUGGAGGCAGAUCCAGUUAAGCCCAAUCGGGGCUGGUGGAAACAACUACCUAAGAGUCUCGCUCUGUUUCGCUUGGGGAAGGAAAAAAGAAGGGAGGAGGAGUAGGAGAAGUGGGGAAAGAAAGGGGGGGGGAAAUAAAGGAAGGGGGGGGAAAGAAAAGCCUGCCUGCCUGCUUGCCUGCCACACAUAAGAAACACAUGCAGGCAAUGUCGUUGGCGAGGUCGCUGUGUUUGCGCGAGUGAGACCGGCAGAGUAUGCGGAGAGAAUAAAGUGAUCGUCUGGCAAUCUGCGAGCAUCCCUUGGAUCGGUUUGUUGGCACUUUCUUCUUUCGGGAAAGGAAGAGGGGAUCGCCGCUGAGCCGGAGCGCAGAGAGCAGCGGCGAAGGGAUCUGGGGGGCAGCCAGUCAGCAAGCAAGCAAGAGGCGGCGGGGAGGGGUGGGGUGGGGAGAAGACUUGCCUUUCCGAGUGGAAGGGGCUGCGGCGGUGCUCCGAGCUCACUUACCUGGAAGUAAGGGCCCCCGGAAUCCGCGGCACUUACUUCCAAGCAAGUGCGUUUGGAGAGGGGCGCGCGGAGAAGGUCAGCUCUUGGCUCUGGUGCCCCCCCCGCGCGCGCUCCUUCAGCAGGAGCGUGUGUGGUCCCAGGGCAGCUGGGAGUGUGAGCCAGAAUCCGUGCCAAGCGAAGACGAGGAAGGCGAAGGGGGAAUGCUCCCGAGCGCGUGAAACCUGGAGCGCGUGAGUGCGAGAGGGCAAAACCUGGGUGAGAAAAGGCAAAGCAAGAGGCUGGGGUGGAGAGAGAGAGAGAGGAUCCCUCGGUGGCAGCGGCAGAUGCCAGGCAGACUGCGGGGCGCAGGCACGCAAUGGCCGCUGCCGCCGCUCGGGCAAGGCAGGGCAGGGCAGGGCAAGGGGCGGGCGGCUGCUUGCCUGCCUGCCUGACCUGACGGGUCGCGCUCUACCUUUGUCUCCACUUGCAGAUCGGAGGCGCCGCGAUGACUCUGGUGCUGCCCCUGAGCAGCUUCUGCGAGCCCAUUGUCUCCUCCGAAGGAGCCGCCGAGUUCCAGCCGCUGUGGGAGUCGCGCUGUUGCAGCAAGAGCAGCCCCGCCUCGGAUGCGGCCGCCGCCACCGCCAGCAGCAGCAGCAGCAGCAGCAGCAACCCGGGCCAAGCGCAGCCGCUGCUCCCGCCGCCGCCGCCGAGCAACGACAGCAGGGCAGCGACUGGGCAGCCCCCGGCGCCAGGUAAGGAGGUGGCUCAGGGCUUGCAGUCGGUUGCAUCAGCAUCAAACCACCAUCUCCGGCUUCUUUCUCCAAAAUCACAACAGUGGCGUGUGUGUUAAGUCAGUAAGCAUCCAAGUCAGUAGUCAUCCUUGGAUGCUUACACGAAAGAGAUGUGGGCAAUAUAUGGCCUCCCCCCUGAGCGCGCGCCGUCUUAUCCCCAGAACAACCCCUCGAGGUAGGUCAGGGAGGGACUGAGGGCUCAAGGUCACCCAGUGAAUCCUGUGCUGAAUAAGGGUCUAAAUGCCCACCUUGUCCAGUAUCCUCUUUCCAACAGGGGCAAACAAGAUGUUCCUGGAAAGCUGGUGGCCAGGUCUGAAGAUAAGAACCUCCCAUUGUUGUUGUUCUCUGGUACACAAGAAGGACUCUAUCUCUGCACUUGAAGGCUUUGUUCAGUUAUCAGGGCUGCUCCUGCCGCUCUGCUCUGUAAGGAGAAGUGUCAGGGCAAAGGCAUUUGUGCAGGAAUCUUUUGCGGCCACUUAGAACUGCCUUAAAGGAUUAGCAUUUUAGUUAUCUGGGGAGGCUAGUUUUGCACCACCUGCUCCAAUGCACUUUUGCAGGUGUUAAGAUCUCACUCUGAGCCCCUCCGGUGCGGGAGAUUAGUGUGGGACAAAGACUGAAGGUGCCCUGACUCAAACCAGAGGAAAUAGAUGCUUUGCAGUGGCUGGCUUUGAAAAGAAAAGAAAAAAUCAAAGAGACUCACCAAAUCCCAGAGCUUGCUUUUGGUGGUACAGAGGAGUCCCAGAGCAUAAGAGGGAAUAAUAAAGACAAAAGAGUGUCUUUGGGGCAUAGUCCUCACAGAGAGAAGAUGAAGCGACAAAUCUGUCUCUAGAUGAUGCUACUUCAGGCUAGGGGUAGGAAUUAACAUGAUUGAUGUUCCUCUAUACAAGGUAACACACACACACACACACACACACAGAGAGAGAGAGAGAGAGAGAGAGAGACUCCAGGUAGAUAAUCUGGGAUGCCAUUCAGAUCAACUGUAGGUCAUUGCUCUCCCUGACAUGCCUCUUUUUGGUAGGACUUUAUUUUUUGGCCCCAGGGAGUGGUGAAUGGACAUGAACUUAAUCACAAGAGGUCCUACCUGCAGCCUGAAGUGAUAUGGUCUAGAGAUGAUUUUACUACCUCAUCAUGCAUCUGAGAACCAGUCUUCUGUAUUUGCAGUCUCUUAGUGCACACAGAGUAUCCUUUCCACACCGCUGAAGGCCUUACACAUUAUGUCAAUUGGGUGGCUGUCAAUAUAUAUUAUUUUAAAAUGUAGACCUAGGCAUGGCUUGUGGGAGAUUUCCACUGAGGCUGCAGUGCACAGGGCAGGGGAGGUCUAACCUUUUUCUCCCCAAGUGCACUCCUGGAGGAGGGAAAAUCCCUUCACUGCAAAAAGACAUAGAAAAAAGUUUCCAUUGAUGCACAUGGAAAUCCAGUCCCUGCUCCUACAUACCUAGGAUUAAAUUGCCACCCCCCAUAUGCCUGCAAGCUGCACAAUUAAUAUAACAUGUAACAUGUAGGCCCUAGGUUUCCACAACAUCCUAUCUGCAAUCUGAGUUCAGGACAAAACUUUGUGGAUUUCAGGGACAACGCUAUGAUUUAUAGGAAGAUUUGAAUACAUCAUGGUCCCAUGGUCUAGACCAGCCUUUGCUAACCUGGUGCCCUCCAGAUGUUUUGGACUACAACCCCCCCCAGCCCCAUCCAGUUGUCAGAAGUUGGUCUAGAUGAGAAGUUGGUCUAGAUAAUCCCCUCUCUUUCUAUUCUUAUGCACACAACAAGAGAAGUAUGGAACUGCUUGUGGAAUUGUGGUUUAUUCUAGCCAAAGUUACUUAAAACAAAUCAGGGCCGGACAGAUCCAGUUUUGUUGAAUAAUUCUGCUUAAAAUUAAAACUCCCCAGAUGUUGAUGUACAUGUGGAGCUGUGGAUAGUUAUGAAAUAAAAUUGGAAGCUUUUAAGGCACCACCUCUUGAAUACAAAGAAGGUUGCAAGGAGAGGGGAGUGCAUGAGCCCAAAAUUACCCAAAGAGAUCGUUCCUGAUCACUUAGCCAUGGUUUAGAUGAUCAUCUAAACUUGGAUACGCUAGGCUAGUAUUUCUCAAACUUGAGUCUCCAACUGUUGUUGGACUACGACUCCCAUCAUCCCUAGCUAGCAGGUUAGGGAUGAUGGGAGCUGUAGUCCAACAACAGCUAGAGACUCAAGUUUGAGAAACACUCUGCUAGGCCUUACUUACAAGUAACUAUAGAUGGGGAAGGGCAAAUUGUGUUUCCUUCAGCGUGUUUAGAGACACUGAGCCUGCAUAUGCACCAUACAGCUAAAGCACACCCACCCUCAAAAGGAUCCUGGGAACUGUAAUUUACCCCUCACAGAGCUACAAUUCCCAGCACCCUUAACAUACUAUAGUUUCCAGGAUUCUUGGUGUGGGUGUGUGCACUUUUAAUAAUAUGGUGCGUAUGCAGCCCUAGUCUGCUUUGCUUUGAAAUGCCAUUCUUUGGCUAUCUAAAAAGGCCUGGUUCUAAAUAUAUUUGAGAAAAAGCCAGGGGUGGGGGGAGAGGUUAAGAUUAAAAUUCUAAAUUGAUAACAGUAACUGUAGACUAGCUAGUUUUCAAUACUGGUGAUUGCUUAAAUGUUUUUAUAUUUUGCCUGCAGCCAUUGCAUGAGCUUGUUGGCUAACUGUCAGUACAGUCUUUUUUAAUAAACUAACUAACUAACUAACUAACUAAGUCACUAACUAACAUGCCACAUGUAGACUUGGGGGUGUUCUGCUGCAAAGGAAACUAGAUGCCACCCGGUUUGUCUUGCACAUCAUUUAUUGGAGGUUGAAAUUAACACUAGGAGGAAAAUGCAAUAAACCCCAAACAGGUGGCCAUAUUAAGUGCUAGGCAGUAAUUAAAAUUUCACUCUCAAUGGUAGCAUAUGGUUUGAUUGGAGUAUUGUGACCCAGGCUAGAUUACAGUAUCCAUUGGUCUCAAAAGAGCUCAAAGUAAUUACAUUUUUGGCUACCUGUUCCAAAUAACUUCCUUUCUAUUGGGCUUAAAGGGCACCAUCCCAAGUUGGUUAUUACAGCAAAUUAUGCUUAUUUGAUAAAUAAAUUACAAAUUGGAUUUGUCUUCCCAUGAGCCCAGCAUUUUUUUCUUGCCAGAGGAGGGUGAUGUAAGUGUACUGUUGUUAAGAACUGAAUUUUUUUGGGGGUAGGGGUGACUAAAAAAAGCUCUGGCACUUUAGUUAUUAAAAUCAAAUUCUUGAUUAACGUAGCAUUAAUUUUCACAGGUAGCAGCCCACUUAACUACAUCCAUUAAUAAUUCCCCUUCCCAAUAAUUUGGAGAGUUGUCUCAGCCUUUUCCAAGAAAGUUAAGCCAAACUUAUAAAUCUUUAGCAACUAAUACUUAUGCCACCAAUGCAUUAAACUUAAUCAGCCCUGUCUAAUUCCUCGAACUACUACAGAGUGUAGUCAUGAACGUUGCAGUUUUUCAAAUGGCUUGAACAGACAGAAUGAAUGUUUCCUUGAAGUCAAGUAUGCAGAGGGUGCUUAAGCUCAUGUGACAACGGUGCUUAAAUAAACAGACUUGUUUCCUAAACGGUCUUGCAGCAAAACCCUUCAUUGCCUACAGCAUUUUCUCACAAAAACUAUUAUUAAACUGAAUUUCUGUUUUGUUAAUGCUAUAUAAGCAUAUAAAGAAAUAUGUAGUAGAGUUCUGAUGCACUGGGGAAGAAACGGAUAAGGCUUUUCUUCUACUUUUUGUUUUUUGGAGUGGGGGGACCUCAGACAGAUUGCUACAUGCUAUUUAUUUUCUCACAGGAUCUCACCACAGAGGAAUUUCAAAUCCUGUAACAACAUCCAAGAUCACGUACUUUAAAAGGAAAUAUGUGGAAGAGGAGGACUUCCACCCCCCACUCAGCAGCUGUACACCUAAAGUAAGUUUCAGAGAGCAAUCUUUAGGAAUCUGCCUUGAAGCCGAAUGCAACAUACAUGUGGAUCCCAGCUAGCAAUCAACCCAAUAUGGACGUAGCCCAUGUGUGUGCCUUCAGACUCUACUGUGUUCCACUGCUUGUAUCUGAAAAUACUCCACCUGGGUUACGUCCAUAUUUCAGUUCCUGUUUCUUUCUUUCUUUUUUGUUUUGUUUUAAAUAUAUCUGUAUCUGCUUUCCCUCCACUUGCACUCAACUAGUAUGAUGAAUGGAAUAGCUGUCACUUUUGCUUUUUUUACAACAAUCAGAUAUAGACACCCUGAAUGCUUAUACAGUCGUAUCUUGGUUGACGAACGCCUUGCGAGUCAAACGUUUUGGCUUCCAAACGCCGCAAUUCCGGAAGGGAGUGUUCCAGUUUGCGAACAUUCUUUGGAACCCGAACGUCCAACACAGCUUCUGAUUGACUGCAGGAGCUUCCUGCAGCCAAUUGGAAGCCAUGCCUUGGUUUCUGAAUGUUUUGGAAGUCGAACGGACUUCUGGAAUGGAUUCUUUUCGACUUUCGAGGUACGACUGUAUACCCAAUGAGUCUUGGAGCACAUUUCCUUUUUGUAAUGCAUUUCAUUUCAUUUAUUGCCUAUAUUUCAUUUUCCCAUUCCCGGGAAGAACCCAAAGUGGUCCAUAGCAAGCACCUCUGUUAAGACAACAUAUCAGAAUAAUCAAUAUAUUAAAACAUAGCACAUGUAAAAAUAUACCAAAAAUUAAAGUCACAUACAUCUCUAAACAAUAGUACAGCAAACCUAUUAAAUCCAUACAAAUUAAUUCAAUAAUAAGGUUCCUCCUUCAUGUCACCAUUCAGUGUCUCCAUACUUAGCUUUGUGUGUACACAGAAGGGAGCUACUUCUCUGUGGGAUGAUCCCAUGUCUCUGAACAAUGCAUCUGAAUAGUCUUCCAGCCAUGUGCUCUAAACUUCCAUGCUCUCAGGUUCAUGCUGGAUGAGGCAGAUGAAACCUGGGUUGGCCCUCACUGGGACACUCCUGGCAUUCUUCUUGCUGCUCCCGAUCUGCUGGAUGGCAAAUGCCCAUGGUGUCCAAGGGAAACAGGAGUAAACCAGGAGUAAAACAGAACAAACAGCUGUGUCCCUGGCUUCCACCUUUGCAAUCCACCACUGCUACCACUCCAAAUUCUGCUGCAUUGCAUGAUCUUCCUCCCCCACAAUACUGAAUCCCCAUUACCUAGCAGAUAAAGAUGGUGGUAGCCAAAGACAUUUUGGAGGCUGGGGCAAAGCAUACAAAUGUCACCUUGUUCAAUGGCAUGAAAUAUAUAUAUAUAUAUAUAUAUAUAUAUAUAUAUAUAUAUAUAUAAUAGCCAACAAAACAAUUGAGAAUUUGCUGUUAUUUAAUGCUGCCCCCAAAUCUACCACCUGAUGUAGGCUGCUUCGCCUGGCCUAAAUUGUAGGAUGAAACUUGGGCAAAAUAUCUUGGGUAAGGACUGACUGAUCCCAUUUAGAUAAAUCUGGGAAAUGCCUGGUCCAGAUUUUACUGAUGGUGAGGGAAGGAAUGGGAUGGAAGCAUGGGAAGAUCCUGAAUCCAGAUGUCCAGAUGCCAGAUGUCCAAGCUAAAUCUCAACUCAGCCAAAAACACAUUGGACACCCUUAACCUUCAGCUGCAGCUCCUUGCACCUAACUAGAGCCCACCUUAAGAGGUUGUUGUAAGAAUCAUGAGAGCCAGUUUACAUCUUAGAAUGGCUGUGCAUUGGUGGACAGGAAGCAAUUGCAGACGGAAGGAAGUUUACAAAAAGGGGUUUUCCCCAUCACUUUCUCCCCAGUGUCCUGCUCUGAGCCCCUUGAAAGCUUUUCUCGAGGGUCAGUGAAUCCUCUUGAAGAGUAGGAAUAGGGUUUGCAGACCCUGCUGAGGAGGGAGCAGAAUUCACCCAUAACUGAUCAGAGUAGAGCCAGCUUCUAUGACUUUUAGUAUAUAUUUUGUCUUUUUUAUGCUGCGAACUGCCCUGAGAUCUAUGGACAAAGGGUGGUAUACAAAUUUAAUUGAUAUUGAUAAUGAUAAUAAUUCUCCUUCCAUAGCAUCCAGUUGUGCCCCUUCUGCUAUUGUUCAAGGGUUAGGUGUUUAUUUAUUGUGACAGGCCAUUGCUUUACAUUUUACUCUGCUGAAGACUCAGCAAUUCAGAUAGCCACAAUAACAUUAAAAAGCAACUUUGUUUUCCAUUUACAUACUAUUUUUCAUUGUGACACGUAUCAAAUGCUGCUGUUGUUGCGGUCCUUGUUACUAUAUCCCACAAAUUCCAUUUGUGGCAAAACGUCUGCAAAGGGAAGUUUUAAUGUAAUACGUAGCUUUGCUUCACCAAACUCAUAAAACUCCAGAGCAAGAAAAAAACAACAAACCACCACCACAUAUACCUGUUUCCUGUUCCUGAUGGCAUUAGCUGAAAUAUGAAAUGUUUGAGAGACAAUGGGCUAAAAAACUGAAACAAAAACAUGUGACUUUGUUCCCCAAAAGCAGAUUUACAGAAUAGCUCAUCAUAGUGAAUGAAAAAAAAUAUGGAAUACUGUAUAAUUAAAAGUGCCACUGUAAAGGAAUAGUCCUGAAGAUCACUCCCAGUGGAUAUCAAACUUUCUAGUUUCUGAAUCAUAGUAGGUGUCAGUAUUAGGAAAGCAGUGUUUUACAGAAUACUCACUGUUUAGAUAUACAGUUCUUACCUAAUUUAUUGUUCACUCCCACUCCUCAUGAGAUCAGGUAGCGAUUUUGCAGACCUUGCAACUUAGAUCUUUCUUUUCAGCCUACUGAAAAUAUACUACGGAGAGCAAAUUAAUGUAUAAGAGCAUUGCAAGCUUGCCAUAUUGCCCAGACAUCUGGAAAAUUAAGCUUUAAGCCCAGGGGAAUGUUGGAUUCUAUGCUUCAUGUGCAUCAUGACCUUUUUGCUAAGUAAGGUUGCCAAAUGUGAUGGUGAUUUUUGUAAAGCAGAUAGUUUUCCACUGGGAACUGGACAGAGACCAGCAGAUAGUUUCACAGAAAGCUUUGCAGCCUGCCAGAUAUUUGUUGGUUUCUAGUCAUGGCAAUAGUGACUGCAAUUGAGCCAGGGACUAUGAGAAGUCUUUAAAAAAACCAAAAAACCCCACCACUGAGUGCAUACAAUGAACUUCUUGUAUAAAACUGUGUUUAUUUCAGAAACAAUAUUUCUGAAGCAGGGUAACUAAUUACUUCAUCUUUUUUUCACUUAUAGCGUGCUUUUUUUUGCAUUGCAUAUUUCCCCUAGAAAUAGCCGUUUGUUAGAAAUUAAUAAUGAAUUCCGUUUCAAAGUGGGAUAGUGCAAAGCCUGGAACUAGUUUCUAAAGCACCAGAAGUGUUGUCAAGAUGCACAGAAGGUUUUGCUCAAAGGGAAAGGAUGCUGCAUUGUUUUGAGAGAGGCUAUGAGAAAAAUGGACCCUUGGAAAAUAGCCUUAUUAUCUCCAUAGGAAAGAUUUUUCCUCUCUGCCAAAAUUCUUUGGCCACAAGGGAAAAUCGGAACAAGAAAAACAAGACACAGAGAGGAAUAUCCUUUUCUUCUCAUACAAUAUUUGCGUAUGUUUUGGUUUAUCUUAAUCUAUCAAGAGAGGAAGAAAGGAGGCAAUUGUGCCAAGAGCAAAUCUAUGGGCUGGUAGCCCACGCUUCCUUCACCAAGGCUUCUGAACUUGAAGAAAUUCUCUGGAGCUUUCCCCACUCUAGCCUGCUGCAUAAAGAAAUAGAUGACAUCACUUCCUGUUUUCUGUAUCUGCUUCUGCUCCUAUGCAAAUAGCAAGAAGCCGCUUCACAAAACAGGAAGUGACAGUGUACCUUCAGGUGACAGGAAGAAAACAGGGCAGGGGCUAAUGACCACCAGAGACAACAGCAGCAGAUGAUGGGGCAGAAGGUUGCAGCAGGAAACAGGCACAGUGACAGAACCUGUCACAGAAUUUUGGAUUUGAUGUCCCGCUUUAUCACUACCCGAAGGAGUCUCAAAGCGGCUAACAAUCUCCUUUCCCUUCCUCCCCCACAACAAACACUCUGUGAGGUGAGUGGGGCUGAGAGACUUCAGAGAGAAGUGUGACUAGCCUAAGGUCACCUAGCAGUUGCAUGUGGAGGAGCAGGGACGUGAACCCAGUUCACCAGAUUACGAGUCCACCGCUCUUAACCACUACACCAUGCUGCCUCUCACAGCUGACACCAGUUGCCACAUUACUUUUUCUUUCUUUUUUUAAUACAAUUUGUUUUUUGUGGGUUAAGGAGGUUGGGUAUGCUGCUCAGUGAAGCACCAAUGGAGAUUCCAGGCAUAUCCAUCACCAUCCUUUCCCUGGAAUGCUUCUUGGAUCCCUCUAGAAAACCAUUGGGGAAGGGACUGCAGUGAAAAGGGGAACGUGGCAAAAGUAAUCUUCCCACUUUUCCAGCAUGAAUUCCUGCGGGAUUGCUGUCCCUUUGGCAAACAGAAGGACAGCUCUAUGUCUUAUGAUAGGAACAUAUAGAUACCUAAGGGUUGCUGAGUUCAUAGUAUCAGAAUUGUAGUGCUGGGUGGGACCCCAAGGACCAGUUAGUUCAGCCCUCUGCAAUGCAGGAAUCUGAACUAGACCAUACACAACAGACAGCCUCUGCUUAACCUCUGCUUAAAAAACUCCAAGAAGGAGAGUCUCUUGAGAGUCUGUUAUGGAUAUGGAAUUAGCCUGUGUAUUAGAAAUUAGCCUGUGUAUUAUAAGGAAAGAAGCUUUUUUCCAGAUAAAAACAUCUCUGGUUAAAUUAACCCUCUGGUUAAUUCACGUUCCUGCAAAUCUCAUUUGAGUCAUUUCUUCAUUAGAAAUAUUUUUUCCCUGCCAUGGAAGCUAACGAUUGUUGGAGGAAGUAUGGUACUGCUCAAAAGUACAGAUAAUUUUUGGUUUGUUUCAGUUUUUCCCCUUUCUGCAUAUACACUAUUCUCCACAAGGACACAGUUUGGCUCAAGAAGAUUCCUCACAGCUGAACUAACAUUGAAAAAUGUCAAUAUCCCAGCACCGGAACACAGGAACAUAGGAAGCUGCCUUAUUAUAAUUCAGACUGUUGGUUCAUCCAGCUCAGUACACUGCCCAGCAGCAGCUGUCCAGGGUUUCAGACAGAAGUCUUUCCCCAGUGCUACCUGGAGAUGCCUGGGAUUGAACCUGGGACCUUCUGCAUGCAAAAGAGAUCCUCUACCAUUAGGCUACAGCCCUUCUUCUGGGACUAUAUGGUCUCGAUUCCUUCAGAUCUUGGCUAUUGACUAACUAGUUUUCCUGGGCUGCACUUUGGUAAUGACAAGCCCACUAAUCAGCUACUGUACUGGUUUGGGAGAGUUGAAUGUGCUAGAGGGCAGGGUAGAGAGGUCUUAAAACAGGCAUGUUCCAAGUCCGUUUCAGGGACCUAAUCCGGUCUGCUGGUGCAAUCUCUGCCCCUGUGGCAGUUUAUUUCCUGGGGGGAAAUCCCCCAAAAAGCUCAACAACUUCAAUCCUCAAAGAAGCUCAACAACUUUGGGGUAAAUUUGUAAAAAAAGACUCAACAACUUUGGGGUAAAAUUGUAAAACUUUAAUCCUAAAAAAAAGGUCAAUAACUAUGGUCGGCCCUCAUGCAUGUUCACUUCAUUAAAUCUGGCCCUCUUUGAAAAAAGUUUGGGCACCCCUGUCUUAAAAUAAAUAUGACUGCCCUAAGUGUUAAAUGAUGGUCAGACAGGUAGAAUCUCAACAACAUGUUUCAGCUGACCUGCAUUACACCCAUCUUAAUAAUAAUAAUAAUAAUAAUAAUAAUAAUAAUAAUAAUUUAUUUAUACCCCACUGAUCUGGCUGGGUUUCCCCAGCCACUCUGGGCGGCUCCCAACAGAAUAUUAAUAAUUUGUUGUUGUUAUCCCCUCUCUCUUUCAUCUGUAGACGAUAUCCGUCUUUGAGGAGCGGGCGCAUAUCCUUUACAUGUCUUUGGAAAAACUGAAGUACAUUGACGACCCCGAAGUCUACUUAAGGAGAUCCGUCCUCAUAAACAAUUUAAUGAAGAGAAUUCAUGGGGAAAUUAUCAUGCAAAACAACUGGUGCUUCCCUGCUUGCUCCUUUGGGGGGGCCUCUGCCCAGGAGUGGUUUGUUUCUCAUGACUGUCCUUAUAGAAAACGCCUUCGGAUGGCAAGGGAGGACUGCGAAAAGAUCCACACCUGCUGUUUUUACCAAGAAUGCAGCAGCCACUAUUUAAGUUUGCCAUUGUCUGCUAAUUCUGCAAUGGGAAAUUCCUCUUCUUCUUCUUCCUCCUCCUCCUCUUCCUCCUCCUCCUCUUCCUCCUCCUCCUCCUCUUCGAUAUCUAUGCCAAGUUGUUCCUGGGGUGUUGGCAGCACCCCAGUUUACCGGAGCGAUGAUCAGAUACACAUCAAUGAAAUUUUCAUUACUAAUGCUGGGCUGCAUGGGAACCAGGACAAGACCGUAUUAACCAAUGAGAAAGGAAGCCACGAUAUAGAACGAGACCGUGCCUCAGAUUGGGAGCCUAUGAAAAGCGACCAUGGCAUUGCAUGUAAAAGCAAAUGUUAUGAUUAUUUGGAGACGGGGCGUGCUGACAAGAGCAACAUGAACGAAUCUUGGAAGAAAUCCUUACGAAAAAGGGAAUGCUUACCAGGUGGCAAAAUAUGUUGCAGUAAAGGAAGUAAAAUAUGAACCACCUUCCUAAUAACUGCAGUUCUAAAGCACGCACAAGCAUGUUGAAUUUAUCGAACAAUAUUUCAUUCCGGAUGAAUUUUUCUGAUAGUUUUAUACAGCCAAUACAAUCAUAUCACAAGCUUCAUGGAUAGUUUAAAAGACUUGGCAGCAGAGUGCGUUGGAGUGUAUGUAUGUAUGGUCUGCAUCGCAGAGCUAUUGAUACAUAUAUGGAAUCUUCAUAAAGAGCUCAGUUGAAUUGCAAUGUGUAUUUUAGCUUUUGUCGCUGAGGAAAACCAAUAAACCAGACGGAGAAAACACACAACCCUUUUCACCUAGUCCCCUGGGGAGUCUGACAUGUAUUAAGAGGAAUCUCCUUUGUGCGUAUCAAUUAAUUAUAUGUCUGAUAAAGAAAUUAUUACCAGCAAAGGGGGAGGUCUACUUCUUGCCCAAGAAUAAUGGCCGUGAGAAAGACUAGGGAGAGUUGAAGAGGAAAACACCCAUAUCGUUAUCUAGUAUUGAUACCAUUCAGAUGUAUUUAUGUGUCUGGUUCAACUGACCCAACUGGUUGCAAUAAGACCUUUUAUGGAAUCUUAAUCAGAAGCAAACAGUUCCAGCACAUGCACAGUUUUCAGCUAAGCUGCAAGAAUGAGUGAGCCUUAUGGUGGUUUGUUGCUAUAAAGGGCAGAAUUUCUUUGGUGCCUUACUUUUUAAUCUUAAUUUUUCCAGGGUGAAAAUUAAGUUGUUGUUGUUUUUUAAAAAACAAACAAACAAACGAAAACAAAAACAGCUUCAGCAGGGAUGUAACCUAAACAGGAAAUAAAAUAAUAAUAACAGGGUGGAUCAAAUAUUAUUAGAAACCUGUAUCCUUUGAAAUACUGUGUUUGAUUUCCUAUUCAAAUGCAUCUAUUCUUCGUUUUUGCUCAAUUGCUUUUUGAUUUGCCAUAGUUAGGAAGGAUUGAAGAAGAAGAAGAAACAAUAGAGAGAUGUCUCUUGUAAACAAGCAUUAGCUGCUUGAACAUUUCUAUGGCAACUGUCUGUUGCUGUGAUUUUUCCCUUUUUUUUCCUGGUAUAAUGAAGUUCAUGAACCAGUGGCAUGCUUUAUACUUUAUUCUGUUUCACAUCAUUUUCUCUCUUUAAAAUUGUAAAGAGCAUGUACUGGGGUUUCAUAUAACUUUAGGGUUUUUUUAUUUUGGGGAAGAAAAGCACAAUGUUACUAAAUGAUGUGGUGAUAUAAGAUUUUAUCUGAAAUGAAUGUAAGGGUUUUAUUUUUAUUUUUUAAAGAUUAUCUUGGAGAAACAGGGGGGAUAAUCUUCAAUUGUAAGAAGCACAUUUUGUUCAUUUUCAGGUGUCUUCAAUUUAAAACUCACAUUUUGAGCAGGAUCUGGCUGAAGUUCAGCCUGUUUGAAUCCCACACGUAACAGGGGGAGGGUUAGGCACACCAUGAAUUUUGCCCCACUGAAAUCGCCAAGAUAUUUUGAUUGCUGAAAGAACCAACCAACCAGAUGGGGGGAAAAACACUCAACUCUUUACAUUUAUCCUCCCCACAGGAGAGCAAGACCUGAAUUAAGAGCAAUCUUAAUUUUAGCACAACGCUUAACUUUGACUGAAUCUUGCCCUUGUUUUUGUUUAGGGGCAAAUGAAGAGCUUCCUUUAGCUGAGACUUAAUCUAUGUUUCAGUCACCACAGAAUUCCAAAUUAUCAGCAAGGUGUUUUCAAUUGUAACCUCCCGCCACACACCCCACACAAAAGAAAGAGGGGGGUGUUUGAUCUUCAAGGCCUGUUUGCUGUUCCCUUAAACCUCUGUUUUUUAUUCCCAGUGCAAUAGCCACAUGGAUUAUUCAAAUAACUAUGGGCACUUCCAGAUUGUGCUAUUUUCAAGUGGGAUUCAAUCAUGUACCAGCAAAUUCAGGUUGUGAUGUUGAUUUAACCUGCAAAUCCCCCACAUGCAAAUUCAGACUUUUUGUGAUAUGGAAAGUGAUGGGGAAAUGUGCUGGAAAACGUCUAACCUACCCGUAAACAAAUUGGGAUGAAGUCACAAUAAAUAGGUCAUUGGAAAGUGACUUCCAUAGUAUCUCUCAAAUCUCUCAUUCCUCACCCUACAGUCUACAGGUUGCAGACAAAGGGCCAAGUGAGGCUAACUAACUAUUCAGCAGCUCCUGUUCCCCUAUGGGCACACUUUUGAUGCAGUUCUCAGCCAGGAUGUGAGGGGAAGGACUUCUGCCAGAGGGCUGCUGCCAGCCAGAGCAUACAAUAUUUGGCAAGGUGGAUACAGUGUCUGGCAUGGUAUAAGGCACUUCCUAUGCUCAGGUUUGACCUGAGAACCAUCCGACCUCAUUGCAGAUAUGGAAGGUCCAUUGUAGCUACUCAAAAUAGAUCCCAGGGAUUAUCUGUAUGGUGGUGGCCUAGGUACCUGCAACUAGCAACCAGUGAGAAUUUCCCCUUGUUUUCUUUUAACAAUGGAACUGGGAGCUCACUGUAGGGACAAAGCUGAAAAUGUGAUAGGGAUUUUAAACCAAUUUGAAAUAUGUAGGAUUCAGGAAUGUGAGUGGGCAGUGCAGUGGGUGACCUUGCAGUGCCCUUGUCUGUUUGUGACACCCAUGGGCCACCAGGUUAGCCAAGCUGUUAUGCUUCCACAUCUGCUGCAAGCCAGAGCUGAGCAGGGGAAGGAGGAUAAUAUGGGUGGAUUUUAACAGGGGUUCCAAAUCUGGGAACAUGGGACUAGUCAUAGAACUACACAAGCAAGCAGAUGGGGCAGGUGAGGGACACUCCAAUAGCUGGGAAGGGAUGCAAAGCAGGAAGCUCAACAUCUUAGGAGCCAGCCAUGAAGAACCAAGUCCUUGACCAGGGACAACUUCAUUACGGAUUUCAGUGUUUUCCUUUGUUCUGCUCCACCCACCCUCCUGCAUUCUUUUUAAAACACCUAGGUGAGAUUGCACAGUAGACCAACACAUUCUGUUGUCAUCGUUAACAGCUUGUCAUUUGCAUAAGGUAUGAUUGUGUUGAAGAUAUUUCUACCUUUCUUGGGUGUAUUUCUUGGAAAUACAAAGACAAAAUUCUGCAGAGAAUUAAAUAUAACCUUUAUCUAUGCCAAAAGUAAGAAAUUUGCAAGGAUGAUCAAUUCUAAUAUUUUUUUUAAAAAUUAUCCUACCUUAUUUCUCCAAGACAAAAGCAUUUUUAAAAAUUGCUAUCAAUAUUAAAUAUAGGUCUCAUUCAUACAGUGUAUGAGUAGGAUCAUUUAGUCAUUUGUCCACAUGGACCAUUUUUUUAAUUGCUGAUUUUUCUUGUGUUUAUAUUCAGUUGAGAAUAGAAAAAUCUGUUCUUUUCUAGUAUAUGUCAAACAUCUGAUGUUUUAAGCUUAGAUAUUUAGGUACUUGUAUACUAAGUGGUGUUGUAGUAAAGUGAGUUUUUUUCCUUGAUAUAUAUUUAUUAAAAUGAUUAAAAAAAUCAUUUUGAUUUAAAACCUUUA